AUGUUUAACAAGAUUAUUGCACCAUUACAGUCGGCUUCCAUUACUACUCCAACGACUACAACCACAGCCAAUACAACCAACACAACAACAACUAAUACAGCUGCCAACAGUGACAGCACGACGCCAUCAUCGCCAUCAGACGAAAAUAAACAGAUAGCUCCUCCUCGUCCUGCUUCUUCUGCUUCUACUUCUUCACCUGCUCGUCCAGUAGAUACGGCAAGCAACAGAUCAUCGUCGUAUCGGAGUAUAACAAAUUAUUUCAGAAUCAUGGGCCAGCAUUUAUCCAAGAAUAAAGAUGAACAACAACUACAACAGCAGCAGCAAGCUGAAAGUUUGAGAGCUCCAUAUGAGGCGAACCUGGGAGUUAAUGCUUCAUCUUUGUCGUCGUCUUCGUCUUUUCUACGGCGCAUCACCAGUAACAAAAAUGGGAAUGGGAAUGGUGAUGGUAGUGCUACUGCUACUACACCCACAGCUGCUAAGGAACAAGAUGAUUUAUCACUCAUUCCAAUAACUUCACCGCCCGAUGAACCGCAUCAGUACCCGUCAGCUUUCUUUUUAAGUCCCAUCACGUCGAAUGAAUCUUACAACUAUUAUUCAGAUGAUGCAUCCAUGAUUGAUGUCAACCACCGUUCAUAUCAUAACCACCGCAACCAAAACCUUCACUACAACCAACAUUACGGGCACCACCAUCCACAUGAAGAUCAAGAACAAGAGGAAUCACUUCGCAGGUUGAAACAAUUGGAAACUUCAAUCACAAACCAACUUGGUGAUAUAUCUCCUGCUUCAUCCUAUGCUGAAGAAGUAGAACCAAUUUCAAAAGAAGCUGUCGCUGCACCACCACCAGUACCAGCACUAGAUGGAUCGCAACUGGAAGAACAAUUUUUUCAAGAACAAUUUUCGCCUUUGCUCGCCUUGCCUUUGGAAAUCUUGUACAGAAUCAUUGAAUAUGUCUAUGUGGACACCGAUGUCUCUUCCAUAAAUUCAAACUUGGAGAAAUUUGCAAACACCAUCCCCUUACUAUCCAAAAAAUUCCACCAGUUGUCCCUAUGCUUCAUUUACAAAUACACCAUCUUCAAUCGACCUCACUCGUUUGACAAGUUUUUGCACAAUUUGGAAGCCAACCCCAUCAUUGGCAAAUACGUCGAGUUUAUGGACUUUCAACAGUUUACAUCGAUAGGGUUGGGCAGAACUGGUAGAAUGAACCAGGAAAUCCAGAUGGUUACUUCGCGAACCAUUGCUCAUGCCUUAUCCAUGACUCCGAAAUUGCUGGAGUUUCUCGCGUCGGAAAACAUCCAGGAUGACUUGGAUGUCAAUGUGUUGGACUACUUGUUCAACAAGUUGCCCAAGAUGAAGGCAUUGGACUUUUGCGGUGCUAGCAGUGAAGCAUUUGCUCGCGCUUUCGAAGAGUUGCCUAUUGAAUCGCCGCUUUCCAUAACUAAACUAUCCCUUCACGACUGCUCCAACUUGUCGCAGGAUGUAUUGGAAAAAGUAUUGACGCAUUCAACCAGGCUAAAGAGAUUGGACUUGAACCAUACUGCCAUCUCGUCCACCAUUUUGUUGAAGGUUGCCCCAACGGUGCGAUUGACCCAUUUAUCCCUUGCAAGAUGUUCAAAACUCACGACAAAGGACUUGAUCCAUUUCCUCACGACCCACCCCGCGACAUCGCAAAACUCGCUCGAGUGGCUCAAUUUGCAAAUCGACACCAAUGUCGUCAGCCCCUUGUCGGACGCCUACUUGCUCUACACAUUGAGACACUUGAAUGCACCCAACUUGAAAUACUUGAAUAUAGGAGGCAUGCCCAUCAACUACCGCAUUCUCCUCACAAUCAAGGCCAGGUUCCCGCUUCUCACCAGUCUCAACAUCAGUCACGCGCUGCAGCUCACCGUUGACGAAUUGAACGAUUUCAUGAAAGACAAUACGGCAAUCAAGUACCUCGAUGUCACCGGGGUCAAGUCCCUCAACAAGAACAUCAUCACCUUUCUCAAAUGCAACUUCAACAGCAACCUCGAGGCGUUGGAGUUUGACUAUAAACAAUUGUACGAGUACACCAACCGCGGCGACUGCUUCCGCGUUCAACCACAGCAGCAGUCAUUCCUAGACGACAUCACUAGUCUCAAUCCGCAGAUUUGGAAAUUUUACGACAACGAAGGACGCCGAGCCUGGAUCUACAAGAUGAAUGAACGCGAAUACAAAAAAGUGAACCAAUCAAACUUGGUAUUCUACGAUUUGGAGACUGGUAACAAGAUAGUCACCAAGCUGAAGAAGCCCGAGUUUUUGAAAUAUGCUGGACGCAAGGUCAACUGUUCGAUUGGGUAUUACCAGUUGAAUGGGUACAAGGACAAGAAACACGUGGAAGACGUUUGGCCCGUUGAGUUUAGUCAGCGUGGGAUCUACAAUUAUUACUCGUUGAAUGUUAAAUAA